AUGAAUCCAUCAAUGGAACCACAAGCAUUUGGUGCCGGUCGAGCCGGAUCGACAUUUGAUCCUAUUGAAUUUAUUAAAAAACCACAGGUUAUUCUACGACUUGUUGCAUGGGUUUUUGCAAUUAUUGUAUUUGCAUGUAUUGCCCAAGAAGGAUACGCCGAUAAUGUAUGUCGUUAUAAUGGUUCAAAUGCUUGUGGAUAUGGUAUUGCAAUUGGUGUUAUAGCAUUUCUUUUAACAAUGGCAUUCAUGGGACUUGAUGUUUAUUUUCCUAAUAUCUCAAAUGUAAAAACUCGUAAAACAGUUGUUGUUACAGAAUUAAUUACAUCAGGUGUUUUGGUUUUCUUAUGGUUUAUUGGAUUUUGUUAUUUGGCUGAUCAAUGGCGACAAGAAAACAAUAAAGAUAAAUUAGGAUGGAAUGGUCGUAAUAGUGUUCAAGGAGCAAUUGCUUUUGCAUUUUUCUCAAUUUUAGCUUGGGCUGGAGUAGCAUUUUUUACAUUUCGUCGUUAUCGUGAAGGUGUUUCAAAUUUAUUUAGUUCAGGUUAUGAAGAUCAUUCAACCGGUGCCGGACAAACAUAUGGUGCAUACCCACCCGCAGGUGGUUCAGGUAGUUUCUCUCAACCACCAUUUACAGCAACUCAACAAGCACAAUCAAAUUAUCAACCACCCACAUAUUAA